CACAGGCACUGCAGGAGGGGAUGAAUCAGGACAACCCCAGGCUGCUGCCUGGGCUGGGCCAGUGGCCAGCUGCGGCGUGGGAGCCCUUGCAAGCACGUUCCCUUUGGGAUUAUAGUCUGGAUUUUCACCCAGCAACGCCACGGGGAUGUUGAGAGCUUUCUUCCAGUGCGUUUAAGCACACGGGGUGGGGCAAUGCAGGCGUAAAGGUCAGUGGUGCAAGAGCCGUGGCGACCUGCCUGGACUUCAGCCUUCGCUUCAAAUCUGCGGCAGGAGAAACUUGAAGCAAAGUUCGGCCGAAGCCUGAGCAGCGAGGGCACGGCACUGUCCUGCAAGCUGCUCGCCCACGGGCCCGUUCCCCGCUGCAGGACAGCAAUGGUGCGGCGCGUGGCCGUCAUCGGGGCCGGGGUCGGUGGCUUGGCCUCUGUCAAGUGCUGCCUGGAUGAGGGGCUGGAGCCCACCUGCUUCGAGAGGAGCGAGGACAUCGGGGGGCUCUGGCGGUACACGGACUCCGUGGAUGGUACGAGAGUCAGUGUGUAUCGCUCUGUCAUUACCAACACCUCUAAGGAGAUGUCCUGCUUCAGUGACUUCCCCUUCCCGGAGGAUUUUCCCAAUUACCUACCCCACAGCCUCGUCCUGGAGUAUUUUCGGAUGUACGUCCGCCACUUCGAUCUCCUGAGGCACAUACGCUUCAAGACAACAGCUCUCAGUGUGAGAAGGCGCCCAGACUUUGCCACCUCUGGCCAGUGGGAGGUGGUCACCGAGACCGACGGUGUCCGUGAGUCCCACGUCUUCGAUGCCGUCAUGGUUUGCACCGGCCAUUACCAGGAGCCUUACUUACCACUGGAUUCUUUCCCAGGCAUUGGCACUCGCUUCAAAGGCCAGUACCUCCACAGCCAGGAAUACAGAGAUGUGGAGCCUUUCCGGGGAAAGCGGGUCCUUGUGGUCGGCAUUGGCAACACUGGUGGUGACAUCUCCGUGGAGCUGAGCCACGUGGCUGCCAAGGUGUUCCUCAGUGCCAGGAGCCACACGUGGGUGAUGAGCCGGGUCUCAAACCAUGGCUUCCCCUGUGACAUGGUCGGCACCACCCGCUUCAACCACUUUCUUGAUUGGCUUCUCCCAUCAGCCUUCACAAGGAGGAUCCGGUUUCGGAAGUUCAAUUCAUGGUUUAACCACACAAAUUAUGGGUUGGCUUCCACCAAAAGCUCCAAAUUUAAGGCGAUUAUCAAUGAAGAGCUGCCGUUCUGCCUCCUCUCUGGGACUGUUGUGUUGAAGCCAAGUGUGAAAGAGUUCACGGAAAGCUCUGCCGUUUUUGAAGACGGGACAACAGAAGAAAACAUCGACGUGGUGCUCUUUGCCACGGGCUACAUCUUUCCAUUUCCCUUCCUUGAAGAGUCAGUUCGCAGCCUCAUUGACGACAACCGUUCCCUCUAUAGACGCAUCUUCCCUCCCCAGCUGGAAAAGCCGACACUGGCCAUCAUUGGCUUGGUCCAGCUGACCGGCUCGAUUAUGGUGGGAUCAGAAAUGCAGGCUCGCUGGGUGACGGGGAUCUUUGCAGGUUGGAACAAGCUCCCUCCUGCCAGCAGGAUGAUGGCUGAUGUUUUGAAGAAGAAGCCUCCAGCCAAAAGGAAUCCAUCCGAGAGGGAGAACCUGAAGAUGAGUUUUAUCGGCUACACGGAUGAAAUCGCUGCCUGUGCUGGUGUGAAGCCCAGCGUGCUGAGGCUGCUCCUGACGGACCCCAGGCUGGCCCUGGCCAUCUUCUUCGGGCCCUGCACGCCCUACCAGUACCGGCUGGUGGGACGAGGGGCAUGGAGUGGGGCCAGAGAUGCCAUCCUGACGCAGUGGCAGCGGACACUGAAGCCCUUGAGGACUCGCAUGGUGGAUGAAGAUUCCGACCGCUCGUCCGGCUGGUGCUGGAUGUGCCUCCUGGCCCUGCCUGUGGCUCUCACAGCAGGUUUCCUCCUUUCUAAACACCCCCAGCUGGGCUGUAGGCCCUGGGCAGGUCCCCAGCUGUAGGAGAAACCCAGUGAGCCCCAGCCCCAGGUGAGCUGGGGACAGUGUGAAGCCGUGUUGCUGCCGGGUGGUGGCCUGGCACUGAUAGCAGCCUGGAUGCCAGGAAUGUCUAGUGUCCAUCUACCUCCUGCUGAUGUUUCACACCCACCAAGGGCCGUAUGGAACGUUCACCCCAAACCUGCUGUGCUCCACACCAGCACCAGGCUGGAUCUCCAGAGGGCUUUUUAAAGAGCCAUUUUGGGAUGAACUGGCGGGCACAAGGCCAGGCUUCCUCCCUCCCCUUGCUCACCCAGAGCUUCCUCCAUAAAAUUUCAGCAAGACCCACAACGCCUUGAGAUUUUCUGAAACAUGAACUGUAGAUAGCUUUUUAUUUGUCUGGUAACUUUUGGGACACAAAGAGGGGAGCCACAAACAAA